UGCUUUCAAACUUGUAAUCAUCAUCAUCCCAUCAUCAUCAUCUUUGAUAUCCUCGACUCCAUGUCACACUACUACUCACACUGUACUCUUCUCGAUAGCCAUCAUGAUCACGAUGACCACCGCCGACGUUGCCAUGCCCGUCUCACAUUGACACCGACACCGACGACAUCUUCCUCCGAUCCUCUUCGCGUGCCGCCGCCCGUGGCCGUCAGUUGGUACAGAGAGAUUGUUGGUAACAACGACCAUCAUGGCAUCGUCGUUGCCACAAUCACAACAAGACGAUGGUGUAGAUAGACUCCUCACAAUAGUGCUAGACGACGAACAUCCGAUAGCCUACGACGGGGUCUCUGCCUGGUCUCCCCACUCGAUCGACGUCCGGGCACGACAUCGCCCGCCGGAUCGCCACGAGAUGGAGAGAUGGGACGAGUCUCUUCCCUCGUCAUCGACGUCGACAUGUAUAACAGAGCACUCUACCAAACAACCGGAGCGUGCAAAGUCCAUGCCUAGGGUUCGAUCGGCCCUGGUCAGCCUGGGCCUGCUUUCGCUACUCCCCGUACAAGCCGGAGCGAGACCAGCAGGUCGAGACGGUGCCCGUGCUCCUGCUCGAUCGUCUUCUUCGACAUCCUCAUCAUCAUCAAUACAAUCACCGAUUCAACGAAACGCAAGAAAUUCGGAUGGAUUUAUCAUACACGCAAAGAGGGACAGGAGGCGGUCGUCUGAGCUUCGUCUGGCCGAUGUUCCGGAGGGCAUUGAUGAGAGGGGUGUCAGGCGAGGCAGUGAGAGAUUUCUAGACGGUGCAGACGGGAAACGACCCGAAAACCAAGCGACACCUCGCUGGACGACCAGGAAGUCACCUACUCUCUCAGCAACACCCCCUGCCACGUCCUCUUCCGCCUCUCCUUCAUCCGGAUCUCGACCGACUCCUGCACCUCCUCUCCUUACGCAAUACCGCAAAGAUGGUAUCCCUCCCGCCGACCCUACCUCAACACCUACCCCAACCACAGAAGCCACCUUUCGUCGUAUUACCGUGCCCAACACUAUCCUUCCCUAUCUCUUUACUACCGACUCGGACGGCCAAUUGGGGACGGCCAAUUGGGAAUUGUACGGUCGCGUGGCUCGAGACCCUUCGAUCAUCGGACGAGCCGAAGAGGAAAUGACGACGACGAUCACGACUUCGCUCUUGGAUCCUACAGAACCCGAGACCACCGCCUCGACCUCGACGGCAGGGUCCAUGGCUACACAGGUAGCAGCCGCUGAUGCCGAUGGGAUGGAUACGACAUUCUUGAUUACGGAUGCCUUGCCUCGAGGAUGGGGGAUCGAGAGUGAUCGUGGGGACCUCUAUGCCGUACCCCUGAUCACGGUCGCCAGCGUCUGUCUUGCCGCCUUGAUAUUUUGCUUUAUCGUCAUUACCGUGGUAUCGAGAGCAAAAGCAAAACGCAGGCGAGCAAGACGCGAGCGAAGAAAGGCACAACUCAUAAAAAACGAACGGGCUAGACAGGCAGCCGCGGAACGGGCGAACUCGGCGGAUGGACCUGGUGACGAUGUCAUGGCUGGGGAAGGGAUGAGGGACGAGGAGAGCAGUCUCGGGGAUGAGGAGAAUGGGAUAGGAGAUAUCAUCCGAUCAGAGCGGGUCGCAGGACAGGCGGAUCAGCAACGUUCGAACGGAGGGCGUUAUAGCGCCGCAGACAGCGAUGCCGAGAAGGACGACGUUUUGGAGCAAAAGUUCAAGGUUGCCGGUCAAGGCAAUCGAGCCAAGGUCAGACGGGUCGUCAGCGUCGGAGUGACGAGACUGGGGAACGGCCGGAUCCUGGAAUGGCGGAAAGGGCUAAGGAAACGCAAGACAGCGAGUAAUGUCCCGGCAACAGCAGAAUCUCGUGACCUGCCCGUGCAACCGAUCCUGAUUGAUAGGCGAGACGCUACCAAUCGGCCGGGUGUUGGGAGACGAUCGUCUACCAGCCUGGCCGAAGGAAGCGGAGAGGGCAGUAGCACCACGGCAGUCGAGUCGGAUGCGCGAAUUCGAGGAGGCGAUACGGUUUCGCUUCGCGACGGUCCAGAUGGAACGGUUUCACCCGCAUCAACUUUGCCUGCGGAUCUACCCUUGACUCGGACGAUCAGCAGGGCUGUCACGCGGACAUCUGAGAGUGGAGAUCGGGCGCAUCAAGAUGUACCUGCAGACCCGGCUGGAUCGCAAACAGGUUCUAUCGGGAAUGUUGCUACUCCUGGAGCCAAUCAGGCUUCUGUUACCUUUGCAGCACCGCAUUUCCCGCCGGCGUACUAUCGAGCUGCUGGGGCCUCCGGGACAGUACCGCCAGCGGCGACCGGGUCGCAGAACGCUGUCGAUGAUCUGCCACAGCAUGGAGAAACGUUGGGAUCUACAUCUGUAGAGGGUGGCCCGGCGACAAUCUCUGCACGAGCAGCGGAGAAACGCCCUGCCAAUUACUAUCCUGCUCCAACUACCGCAGAUCAGGAAGAUGCAGUUGCCGUCGCUUUCGGUCAUGGUGGAGCAGGACGAUCAGUUGGCACGGAAGAUAUAUCUGCUUCUCAUCCUCCUGAUAUCAGAGCGCCUCAUCUGACGGUGGGCGAUACCGCGGUCAUCGGUCAUCUAGCAACCGACGACAAGGGCGUACUAGAGCAGCUUCGGAACGCCGGCUCUAUGCCUUCGCCAACCGGCGAUGCUCUGGCAGCAGAAUCGCCCUUGGUCGAGCAGCAUCAUGGCAGAGAUGCAACGGCUCCCGCAGUUGAUGUCGAUGAGGAGGGUUUUGAGAGGCUAGACAUGGAUCACCGGCCAGAGACCUUACCGAUGGGAACAGACGGUCAGCAAACCUCGAUGACGUUCCCGAUUCCUCCUAGACCCGUCGUACAAAGCUCGUAUAUGGCUGCGCCUGAGAUACCAUCGGCUCCGUCAUUUGGUGAGGACUCAGGUGGCUCUGCUCCCGGUCAAGCCAGUGCACCUUUCAUCGAAGACGUUACCGCCGGUACCGGUCCAACUGCUCCUCUCGUCGAGGAUGACCUCGCCCAAGAGGAAGAGGAUCCCGGCCACCAGGAGCCAUCUGGCCAUCCGGGGCUAUCUGCUCCACCGGCGGCGUCCGCUGAACGAGAUGACCAAGGUGUUUCGUCCGCACCCGUUGCGCCAGCCCAGCCCACUCCAGCCGCAAGGGCAAGUCACGCUCGUCGAAGCCUCGGACUCGAUCUACCUGUCGAAGAUUCGGGUGCGGCUCCACCUCUCGUUGACGAACACACCUCAGCGGCGCCUACCACGCGGUUCUUGCCCAGAUAUGAACCAUAAAUGCAUCGGGAACGCAGGACACCAAGCAUUCAGACAGAUUUUUACGUUGUAGACUUGUUUUAAAAUUCACACUCACAGGCACGACAAAUUGCGCCAAUUAUGUUGCCGACUCAAAACAUACAUACAUAAUCUCGCGGAGACAAAAUCCAUGUCUUUGAGAGCAUGAACGUUAC